UACAGCCGGAUCCAACGAUCAAUGAAUGAGUAUCUUUCUUCGGUACAUAUCCACAACCUUAUUGGGCGACAUCUCCUAAGCUCCGAAACUCCUCUUUGUUAAACCCGCCUCCCCCUCUCUCAACCUAUAAAUCUUCCAUUUCCACGUUUUUCUCAUCUUAGUUUUCAUUUCCUCUGGAUAAUUACCUCAGAUCCUCCAUUGAUUGUUCAUUUCUGUUUGUAAUUUGUUAAUCUCCAUCACCGGAGCUUCAAAACGAGGUAAAAUUUCAUUGAUAUGGCACAGUCUCUUCAUUUCUUAACGCCCGCAACAUCACCGACGCUCAAAACUCAAACAUUCUCAAAAUUUGUUCUAUCUAAAUCGAAUCUAUCAAUUCGUCAAACUCGAAAACCAUUAUCAAUAUGCGCAGUUUCAUCAGAUCUUGAAUCGAAAUCAGUAACUACUAAGAUAUUGGGAUCAGAAAAUGGAAAAGGAGGAGUAUUCGAGGUAGAUGCGGUAACAGAAGUAGAAUUGAAAGAGAAUGGAUUUCGUAGUACAAGAAGAACGAAAUUGGUAUGUACAAUUGGACCAACUACUUGUGGAUUUGAACAACUGGAGGCAUUAGCUGUUGGUGGAAUGAAUGUAGCAAGAAUUAAUAUGUGUCAUGGUACUCGUGAUUGGCAUCGCGGCGUAAUUCAAAGCGUCCGAAGAUUAAAUGAAGAGAAAGGUUAUGCUGUUGCUAUAAUGAUGGAUACUGAAGGUAGUGAGAUUCAUAUGGGUGAUCUUGGUGGUUCUACUGCUUCAGCUAAAGCUGAGGAUGGUGAGAUUUGGACUUUCAGCGUUCGUGCUUUUGACUCGCCUCUUCCAGAACAUACCAUAAGUGUGAAUUAUGAGGGUUUUGCUGAAGAUGUGAAGGUCGGUGAUGAACUCCUUGUAGAUGGGGGAAUGGUAAGAUUUGAAGUGACUGAGAAGCUUGGUCCAGACGUUAAGUGCCGAUGCACUGAUCCUGGUCUAUUGCUACCAAGGGCAAACCUAACUUUCUGGAGGGAUGGAAGUUUGGUUAGAGAACGUAACGCCAUGCUCCCAACUAUCUCCUCUAAGGAUUGGCUGGAUAUUGAUUUUGGUAUUGCUGAGGGUGUUGAUUUUAUCGCAAUCUCUUUUGUCAAGUCCGCAGAAGUGAUCAAUCAUCUUAAGAGUUACAUUGCUGCCCGAUCUCGUGACAGCGAUAUUGCUGUUAUUGCAAAGAUUGAGAGUGUCGACUCUUUGAAGAACCUGAAAGAGAUAAUUCAGGCAUCAGAUGGAGCCAUGGUGGCAAGAGGGGAUCUAGGGGCUCAGAUCCCAUUGGAGCAGGUCCCUUCGGCGCAGCAAAGGAUUGUUCAGACAUGCAGGCAGCUGAACAAGCCAGUCAUUGUGGCAUCACAGUUGCUUGAGUCUAUGAUAGAAUACCCUACACCCACCAGAGCCGAAGUUGCUGAUGUUUCUGAAGCAGUGAGGCAGCGUGCUGAUGCUUUGAUGCUUUCUGGGGAGUCUGCCAUGGGUCAAUUCCCAGAUAAAGCAUUGACUGUACUGAGAAGUGUCAGUUUGAGAAUAGAGAAGUGGUGGAGGGAGGAAAAACGCCAUGAAGCAAUGGAGCUUCAGGACAUUGCAUCUUCAUAUUCAGACAGCAUCUCUGAAGAGAUCUGCAAUUCUGCCGCCAAAAUGGCCAACAACUUAGAGGUUGAUGCACUUUUUGUUUACACGAAGACGGGCCACAUGGCAUCUCUCCUUUCACGUUGCCGACCUGACUGUCCAAUCUUUGCAUUCACAAAUACAACAUCUGUUAGAAGGCGUUUGAAUCUGCAGUGGGGACUGAUACCUUUCCGGUUAGAUUUCUCUGACGACAUGGAGAACAACCUGAACAAAACCUUCUCCUUACUCAAGGCAAGAGGAAUGAUUAAGUCUGGGGAUCUGGUCAUUGCUGUGUCUGAUAUGUUGCAAUCCAUUCAAGUGAUGAAUGUUCCAUAAAGAAAAUGUUUCAUCAGUUGGUUGUAAUUUUUGUCCCACUGUUUAUGGUUUUAGUCUUGUGACGUUUCAAUGAUAUGCUGACUGUUUUUGAAUCGUUAAGGGUAGUUGUCUUAAAGUUUUUAUUUUUUAGUUAGGCUUGCAGAUUGAGAAUCUACAGAAAAAGACUUCAUAUUGAGCUUAAUCCAUCCCCGGUGGGAGAGUAUGCUUAUCCUGGAUCCUGAUGGCUGAAGAAAGUUGGCUUUUCAGAUUCUGUUAGUGUUAAUUGAGCUUACCAAGUUUGCAUCUGUACUGUCAUAUUUAGCAACUACAGUGGUUUCUUGUUUAUAUAUUUGAGUAGAAAGCUUCAGUGCAUUUAAUUAAA